AUGGGACAUUUCGGCCACAUGCGCAUCCACGAGAGCGGCCUUGACCGCACUCCCAUCAAACCCACUAAAUCCAACACAUCCACCGUGCACACCCCCAAUCUCGUUCCAUCCGUCCGGGACACCACCACCACCGCCUCCUCCUCUGUCUCUGACACUGACACCACCGAAUCCCAUGCACAUUCACCUCACGCAUUGGCCUGGUCGGUCACUUGCGAAUCCAUCGCACAGAAACUGGCGAACCAGUGCCAGGAGCACCCACCUAUACCCACCAACUUCCCACACUGUCCUCGCGCUUUCAGGCAUCGCAUGAGCCUAUUCGGCCACAUGCGCUUCCACGACGACCUGCGGUAG